UUAACAUCGUCCAAAAUCCAAAGAUCAUAUCAAAACUCACUCAUACACACACAGAUAAUAAUAAAUUUCCCCCUCUACAAAAAAACGAUUAUUCAGGGUCAACCAGAGACUCUCGAGUCCUCCUCACUUUCGUAUAAAAUUUCAGUUUCAAAUCCCGUUUGUCUGAGGUCGGUGUUUCUGUUAGUGUUUUCUGUAUGUUCUGUUUUAGUGGUGAUUUCAUAUAUUAUGGGGCACACAUCGAGUCUACCAAAACACCCACGAAAACGUUCGCUAAGGUCUCCAUUUCUAAAAAGAUCUUCUUCGCAAAAAGCCCCAAUAAGUCAUACGUUCGUACUCCUCGGUGAUGAUCAAAAACUGGACCAGCUUAAUAUUAAUCUGGCCACGGAGGAGGAAUUAAUGACCCUUCCGGGAAUUAAUAGGGAAAUAGCAAAAAAUAUCGUCGAAUAUAGAAGAGCAAUUGGGAGGUUUAGAAAAGUGGAAGAUUUAGCUUUAGUGAGAGGGAUUGGAGCUGAAAAGUUUGAAAAUAUUAAAUCGGAAGUUUGUGUUAAAUUAAAUAACAUAAAUAAUAGUUGUGAGUCUUCGCGAGCUCAAAGUUAUGAUAGUUUAAGUGCGGAAAAUCGGUUAACUCCAAGAGGUUAUAAUAAAAGGAUUAUUGAUAUAAAUAACGCUAGCGUUUUUGAAUUACAAUGUGUACCUGGAAUGUCCCAAGAAAUGGCUGCGAAUAUUGUACAUUAUCGAUAUAAAAAAGGACCAUUUAAAAAAGUAGAUGAUUUAAUAAAAGUAAAAAGUAUAGAUUUCUUAAGAUUAAGCAACAUGAGACACUAUUUAACAAUCGACUCAUUAACCCCCUCGAAAAGUACAAGCGAAAUUAUUACAAACGGUGUUAAUGGAAACAUCCCAAAUGGGACAAUAUUAAACGGAACGAUUCCCCCAAAUAAACACCGAAAAUCGAGUAGCGCACCGAUUAAAUUUAACAUGUCGAAUGGACUCUUAAAUUCAUCAAUAAACGAUAUUUUUGAUCUUUUAUCAACGUACAGUCCCCGCCCUACGAUUUUUGAAGAAUACAAAUAUUCAAGGAACAACCAAGAUGUUUUUCGUGUAGCCACAUGGAAUUUACACGAAUUUUGUGUGGAAAAGGCACAAAAUUUAGGUGUUAAAGAAGUUAUUUGUAGAACUAUAUUAGAAAAUGGUUGGUCAAUAAUCUGUUUUCAAGAAGUCGAGGAUAUAGAAGCCUUACAAAUAAUUUGUAACGAAUUAAAUAAUCCCAAACUCCGCAGGGUUGCUGAAUUUAAACAAAAUAGUUGCGAAUGGAAUGUUUGUAUGCAAAGACAACAAACAGCUAUUUUAUAUGAUAUUAAUAGUGGUGGUAUAGGUGUAAGUUUAGAAAUAAUUAAAGAUGCAACAAUCGAAAAUUACCAAAGCACCUUAGUUCAAUUUACCAUAAAUACGCUCGAUUUUACCGUCCUAAACGUGCAAUUACCGGAAAAUUUCCCCAUAGAACACAUAAACCCAAAACUCGAAGAAAUUAUAACCGACGACGAUUGUUUCCUUUUAUUGGGCGACUUCAGCAAGUUGCAAUUUACUAAUCUCACCUCGAAUUUGACACGAUUAGAAUCGAUUUUACCCCUACACGCCAACACAACCUAUUCCAACUUUAAAUAUAAAUAUUCCGAUAACAUGUUCGUUAAUAGCGGCUCAAAAAUUCAUUUAACCGGAUUAUGGGGCGUCGUCCGACAAGGACUCACCCAUUUAGCAAUUCCAAAUGGAUGGAGCUGGGGAGGGCCUGUUUCUCCACAUUGCCCAUUGUGGGUUGAAUUUUAUGUCAAAGAAGGUAAACGAGAAGAUGUUAACGGGGAUCAAUUGUGAUUUUUUAUUCUUUGAUUUCAUUAAUUUAUUUUAACAGAGACAAUCGUGGAAUGUGAUAUGAAAUAUGUGAAAGAUUUUUUGACAUUUUAAAUAUUUUAUUAUUAUUAUUAUUAAUUAAUAGUACAAAAAUAAAAGAUUUAUUCGUU